AUGUCCCAUCUGGGCCGUGUAGGCAGGGUGGCUCUCCAGCACAUCCAUCUGCCAUCCAAUGCCUUCACCCACGCGUACCCGCCCUACGCCCUGGCCGCGGCUCUUCAAUCACGCCUGCAGCGGGCCCUUCUUGACAGCAAGAGCGACCCGUCAUUAUCACCACCGCCGCCCACCAUAAUCUCUUUCACCCCCAAGCCGACGUAUACUCUCGGUCGGCGGCAGACCGUUGGGUCCGAUAUCAACGUUGACGCCCUCUCCCGCCCCCUCAUCGUCACACAUCCAAGGUCGGAUCCGGGGAACGAAGAACGCAUGCGGCCGAUUGUCCUGCGCUCCCUGCGAGGCGGCCAGAUGACCUACCACGGGCCCGGCCAGGUCGUCAUCUGGCCCGUCCUGGACCUGCAACCGGCGUCGGGUGGAUACAAGAGCAUGGGAGUGCGACAGUACGCGGAUCUCCUGCAGGACGUCACGUCAGACCUUGUCAGGAAUUCUCCUCAUCUACAGGGGAAGAAGCUCGAGACCGUCAAGACUUGUGAUCCGGGAGUGUGGGUUGCGGAGACGGCGCAGCAGAAACCGCGCAAGAUCGCCGCCAUGGGUGUGCAUCUGCGGCGCCACGUGACGGGUUUGGGCGUGGCGCUUAACCUGACUACCCCCGGGACCGAGGCAAAUGUCGGAGUGGAAAAAGACUCAAACGGCGAGGACAACAACCCCUGGCUCAGGUUUGUGCCCUGCGGCCUGGAGGGGAAAGCUGUGACAUCCGUUUUCCUGGAGGCCCAGGGUUGGAACAACGCCGUCAGUCGGGACUCCACCCCCGCUUCCGAUUUGGCACUGCUCCCAGACCCUGGGAAGGGUUGUGCUCAGACGUGGGCCGGGCUGUUUGCAAAUUACCUUGGGUUAGACUACAACCCGGGGGCAGUCGAUGAAGAUGUCACGUCCAAUAUGGAGGGGCUCACAGCGGAGGCGAGAUCUAUAGAGGCGGAGAUAAAGGUGAACUCUGAUGGCGACAGUGCCCCCGAAGCCGCUGCCAAGCCUUGA